AUGAUUCUGCAGCAAUGGGCGUCUCCAUGCGGAAACAAAUGCACCAAUAAAUAUGCUGCUCUUACCAAAAUCCCAUGGCGAGUAUUCUGCAAGAAGGGUUGCAACUCAGAUGGAGAGUCAUGGGAAGAAUGUUUGGAGGACUGCAACCAAAUAUGCUACAAGGAUCCUGUACUAAAGGACCAGCAGUGGAGUGCCUACAUUGAUCGUUCCCCUGGAGCUGCCAGUUACUCCGAGGAAUGCUUUCGUGCUUGUGUAUCCGGCUGCAGUUACAAGUUUGAUGUUAAACCAGAGGAAGCUGACAAAGUCUCUCCUAAUAGGAAAACAAAGUCUGAGAUUGAGCCUGCUCAGAAGCCAAAGCCACAACCUAUACACCCCAUUUACCCGCCUGGUGAUAUGCCUGGUACUUCAGCAUAG